AGCAGUGAGACGCUCAGUUUACGUUUCGGCCGCGUUGCCUUCAGUUGUACUUUCUAGAGUGUUCCGUGCGUUCCACUGCAUCGUCAGAGGCGCCUCCGAUUGCAAAACUCAACCAAAACUCAUUGUCAUUCAUCGCUAGUUUUCUGUGCGAUUCUGUGUGUGUGUGUGUGUCGUCUAUUGUGCGUGUGUGUCCGCGGCCGUAGUUUUCCACUGGACACAUAAUUCUAGCAUUUAACAUUGCCUGUGAUUCAGGCGCGCUCGUGAUUUAGCAAGAGCGGAACCCGUCAACAAGGCGAAUCAUUUAAAGCACUUCCUCGAGCAUCUCCUGUGUUCCUGUGCGCCGUUUAUCAGCCAUGAAGCAUUCGCCGCUGAUUGCCAGCGCUUGUCUGGCAUUGGUGUUGAUGUCAUCCAGCCUGAUUGGCAGCUCUGAGGCCAAAAAGAAGAAGUAUGUCGGCGAAACGGGCGGUGAUUUUGAGUUUAUCGAUGAGAUUAACAAAAAUACGCAGAACAAGAAUUUGGGCGAACACAAGCGCUGGAUCCAUGAUCCCUCAAGUGACCUUUGCCGACCGCUGAACUGCAAGAAGCGUGAGAUUUGCCUGCUGGAGGACGAGUACAGCGCCGUGUGCGUGUCCAAGAAGGAGCUGCACAAGAAUCGGGAUGAGAUAAUCACCAAGGCCAAGUACAUGGAGGAGGAGGCCAAGCGGCGCGUCAAUCAGCAGGAUAACCAGGACAGCCAGGAUGCCGAGGACCUCACCAAUGAUGAUGAGGACAACAGCAGCGAUAGCAGCACCAGCAACAAUGCCCCAACCAAUGUCCAGGCCAACGAGGAGAGCGACGACGAGGAUAAGAGCCUGAGCCUGGGCGACGACGACGAGUCCAAGGAGGAUGAUGUCUUCUACGAAAACAACAUUGCCGGCGGCGAUAAGCAGCAGUCACAGCAACAACAACAGCAACAACAGCAACAACAGCAGCAACAACAGCAACAACAACAGCAGCAGCAGCAGAUUCCACCAGCAGGACCACCAUCAGCCAUUCAGCAGGACGAUGAUGAGGAAUUGGACAACUGCAAGCCGUGUCCUGUGGCCAAGCCGACGUUCCUGUGUGGCGCCGACAACAGGACCUACUCAUCACUAUGCAGAUUGGAUUAUCACAAUUGCAUACAUUCGACAACCAUACGGAUCGCCUGCAAGGGAUUCUGUCCCUGCAAGGAGAAUGUCGAUGGCAAGCGGCUGCAGCGCAUUGGCGGCUACAACAAGUACAACAAGAAGAUCAGCCUCGAGCAGCAGCAGCAACAGCAGCAGCAGCAGGCCUACAAGGACAGCAGCAACAACAACAUCAUGAUGAACAGCGGCAACAUCAUGGGCGGCAACACCAACGACUUUAACACGAUCAUGAAUGACAAGGAGGAUAACAACCGGCACUAUAACCACAUCAAUGCGCAGUACACCUUUACGCCCGAGGAGAUCAAGUACGACAACAAGCACUACAAGUAUCUGAAGUACACGGCCUACAAGAAGGAUGCCAAGUACCAGGAGGACAAGCACAAGAUGCGCAGCUACAACGAGGUUGUGGAGAAGCAGCAGCAAAAGUUCAACAAGAAUAGUAAUUUGAAUGCCUAUCCAUCGAAAUCGGCUGAGUGCAAGCCACAGCAAUUGACUGCCAUUGGCAACCGUCUGCUCGAUUGGUUCUCCGUGAUCAUGGCCGACAGCAAGAAGCGACGCCAGCACAGCCAGAAGUCCAAGGCCCACUUCCCGCCCGCCUGCAAGACGGAGGCCAAGUGGAUGUUCGGCCAUCUCGAUCUGAACAACGAUGGGCAGCUGUCGCUGCAGGAGAUGUACGACCUGGAGCAUGACCAGAACGAGCGCUGCAUUAAGCCCUUCAUUGACACCUGCGACCUGGAUACGGACAGUUCGAUCAAUACCCGGGAAUGGUGCCGCUGCUUCGAGAAGACCGAUCGCCCAUGUGCUGCGGUGCGACGAAGAAUCGCCGGCGACUUUGCAGGUGAGAUAGGCGCCUACGCCCCAGACUGCGACAUCCAGGGAUUCUACAAGCCCACCCAGUGCCACAAUUCAGUGGGGGUCUGCUGGUGCGUGGACAAGCACGGAGUGGAGUUCGCCAACACCCGCACACGCGGCAAGCCCAACUGCGAGUCCGUGGUUAAUAACGCCGCAUCACUCACUUCCGAUGACGAGGAUGAGGGUGCCGACGACGAGGACAGCGCGGAGGGCAGCGCCGAUCAGAUGCUGGUCUUUUAAGCGACCGACCCCGAACCGGAGGAUGGUGCCCGGCUGGGGAAAUUGAUAGCCCUGGGCCCUGGCGCAGCCAAUCAGCAAAGCGCCAUUAGGCCGCCAGCGUUAUAAAAGAAAAUUAAUAUUAUUAUUAUUACUAUUAUGAAAGCAAACAAACCGAAAAAUGGAAGUAAGAAAAACAAAAAAGCAAAAUCAACAGCAAAUGCAAAAAACGAAAACGAUAAGCGAAAACCCAAGCCCAAAAAAAAAGCCGAAACCGAAACAUAAAUGUGCAGUAGCCAAGUAAGCGUUUUUGAAUAGAAUCUACGUAAUAGCAAACAGCAGAAAAACCACUCACACAUACAUAUAUCACGCACCCCACACUCUCACACUCACACACACACCCCCCGAAUACUCGCAGGAGAAAAUGAAGGAAGAAAAAACUAAAGCCCAGCCAUCAUCGGACAAGCGCAAGAGCAAACCGCAAGGAAGGUGCAUGGGAGAGCGAAACCAAAGAAAAAACUGUAGCAUAUUUGAAAGCGCAUUGCACGCAAAUCGUAGUAGCUACCCCUACCAAACACACACACAGAUACACACACACACACACACAGCAUCCACACAUCCGCCCAAACAAUUUGUUCAACCAAUCAGCAGCAGCACCAGGAAGCUCCAUUUAUCCCUUUUUCGUUACACGUACGCCUGGCCGUUUGUACGGAUGGUUGAACGGCCAUUUAACUAGCUUCCGUUAUCGCAAGCAAAUCCGUCUGUUUUAGCCUUUUGAGACAAGUUACGAUGCAUUAGAUACGAUAGAACAUACAGUUAUUGGCCGCCCUCACCCCCAUCGUCUGUCCUACUCUGCUUUCGCGCAAGCCAAAACACGACACACGCUAAGAAUUCCGCCCAAGUAAAACAAAAAAAGAAUAUAUAAAAAUUUAUGUGAUAAGUUUUUGAAAAAUGAAGCAUUGAAGCAGUUUAUAUGUACAUGAACAAUGACUACCGGACGGACAGUAGCAGUCUGAAUAUCGGAAUCAACAUGGCGACAUCCCCCAAUCGGAAUGUCGAAGAUUCAGACUCAGAUUCAGAGUCAACGCGUGGCCAAAGAGUAGUCUGUGUAGUACUUAGUGUGGAGCCGAACUCAUAACGCGUUCACUUAGAGUUACUUCCCAGAUAUAUAGUGAGAGAACCGAUCGCUAAGGCAAUGAGGCUUGAAACUUGAGGCUUUUGAGCAGCAGCAACAGCAUUGGCAUUGGCAUUGCAAUUGCUUUGUUAAGAAUCGAAAUAUUCAUUUGUGUCAGCACCUGCCAGGGCAAAACGUAGCACUUGCUUCUAUCUUAACCGAAUCUCAGUAAGACAACACACACACACCCAUACGGAUACACACACAAACACAUUUGUAUUUUGGGCGAAACUUAAGCUGCAACCGAUUUACGGUACAGCAAUGAAAUUUACCACACCCAGACACACACUCUCCAUACGAAUAAAUAAUAUAUAAAACAUAAGCGUACGUGACAACAGCUUACACAUGCAUAUACAAAUAAAUAUAUAAUAUGUCUAAUAUGUAAGUAUAUAAGUGGCAUAAUUAAGUGGCAGCAAACAGCAGAUCGACACACGACGUAUGUAGUUCAUCCUUAUAUUAUAUUUUUAAUCUAACCUUUUUUUUAAUAUUCUUCAAAACGGCCAGAGAGAGGAAGAAUCAAUGUUUUUAACAUAUUUAUGAGCGAAUAUGAUAAAUAUAAACAAAAUGCUUGCAACCAAAACGAAAUUAUAUAGCCAAUUGUAGUAAACGAAAAACCAAAACCAAAAAAUACGAAAAAAAAAACCAAUGCAAAUGAAUAAACUUUUUAAUUAUAGCAAAAAUGUACGAGUACGAUUAUAACCAAGUAACAGAAAACAUUAUAAAAACAAUCAUUUUGAGAUCCAGCGAAAGCGUGGAGAUGAAUCUGUUUUCGGCUGCAUUUAAA